AUGGUGAAGCGUACCGUGGCCGCAGCGGUGGCCCCCCAGAAUGUGUCCAGUGGUGCCGCGGGGGCCAGCCGAGCGUACGGGCUCGUCCUAAUGCUGCUGACUUCACUGCUCUCGUCGGCGUGUUCCCUAGCGGUGCCACAGUCGGCGGCACAGAAACACUUCGCACCGGGUGCCGGUGGUGCCGUUGGUGGCGAUCAACAUCCAGCUGGCACUGUGCCGGUACCGCGGCCUCCACCAACACCACCGGCCAGUACGAUCGCUAUCCAAUCGGCGGUUUCUCUGGCACCGUUCCAUCAACCGGACCGGAAGCAACAUGGCCACCAUCAACAGCGGCGACCACCAGCUGACGGUGGUCAUCCGGAGGUGCCACCAGACGACGACGGUGAGCGGCCGGAUCUGUACAACCUCACGUUGACCGCGAUGAGGCACUACCUGCGUCACCAUCUGAACGCGUCCCGGUAUGGGAAAACGCCACGCAAACGCUCACACGUGCAGGUGGACGACGUGGAUGUCGAGUUUUACCGGCGAUUUAAGGAGUUUAACAGCAGCCAAGCCGCGAUGGAUGGUGCCGCAGGUCAACCAUUGAACGUGUCCCAUCCGAUCGGGUUUGAACCGACUGUUUCACCUCGGAAGGACGAUCCCGGUGAGUCCGUGACGCCCGCUAUCGAGCCUAUCACGUCGUCGUCCUCUCCGAUCGUGUCCUCCGUGGGGACGUCGGUGACACCGUCGGGAAGCCAGCGAGACUACAACGUGCUCAUGGAUGAUCCACGCGGGUAUAUCACGGCGUCAUCGUCCUCAUUCCCGAUGCGUCCGGGCAAGACGACCACCAGCUGGAACAACACCUUCGUCCGGCAUAGAGGCUACAUCUACGGUUUGGUGUCAUUUUCCGUGAUCUGCGCCCUGGUCCUGGGGUUGUUUGGGGUGUUUCGUUGCCUGCGUGCGACGCCCGCUACGCGAGCGACCGCCGAAGCGCUGACUCUACCGAUCCAGUUCAUCGCCGACGAUCUAGCACCUCUAAACGACGACUUGAACCACCUGCCGGUACCCAUGCUAUCGGUACAGUCACCGGGCUGCGCGGGGAUGGAGCGGCUCGGCGUUCCUGCCCGCGGUUCCAUCGGAUCACCACCGUUAAGGAAUGAACGGGCAGGCUUCCAUCACCAUCAUCAGCAACAGCAGCAGCAGCAGCAGCAACAACAAUCGCAGCAGCAACAAUCGCACCAGCAACAGCAAUCACAUCAACAGCAGCAACCACAGCAACAAUCGCAUCGGCAACAGCAGCAACACCAUCAUGCCCUACGGCAUCCUCAGUUCCACCAUCAACAGGCAUCGCCAGCAGCUGUGGGGCAUCGGUUCAGUCCGGAGCUGCUGCUGAGCAACAGCACCACCGGUAGCAGCAACUUCCGGAGCAAUCAUCACCACCACCAUCAUCAUCAUCAUCAUCAGCAACCCUACCUGUUCAUUCCGCAUCAACCGGGCACCGGUGGCAGUAGCAACAGCAGUAGCAGCGGCGGUAGCAGCAGCAUCAACUACAAGGCUCAGUACAGCAGUAAUAGUACGCACGGUAGCAGCAGCAUUGGCAGCGCGGCUAGUACGCAUCCCGUGACGACUAGCUUCCCGCAAUGCACCUUCCACGUGGCGCUACCCGACGGCGAGUUCGGACCGGAUCGGGAUCUACAGAUACGGACACCGGGUCAGCAAUCGGAAAUACACCGCUUGAUCACCCCACCGAAUAAAACCGUGCGCGAUGUCCCUGUCCAGUAUCAGUCGACGGGUGCGAUCACGGCACAGGGCACCACCACCAUCGCCGGCUGCGCAACCGGUGGGCUGACCAACGGGUUGCUGGUUGAUGGAACCAGCAGCUAUUAUGGCGGCGCAGGGACAAUCGGACGGCCCGGUAAUGGGGGCCGACUGGCAGCGGCUGCUCCUGGGCCAAGCUUAGGGGGUAGCGGUGCUGGAAGUGGGAGCAGCGGCAGUACCGGCAGUGGAGCGUGGCACUCUAAGUUCCUACGGUUCCUGCCAGGUAACAAAACCUCCAAAUCCUCUUCUACUCCAUCACCAUCGUCCUCAUCCCCGUCGGUGCCGUUCGUCUCGUCAUCCAGCAGCAGUGGUAUUAAUAGUGCUAGUAAUAAUAAUAAUAACCACCACCAUCACCAUCUGGGGGUGUCCGCCGGGUGUUACGGUGGGUUGCAACCGCCUUCCCAACCGGGUGGCAGCCACCACAGCAGCACCAGCAGCCUCAACAACAACAGCAGCAGCAGCAGCAACAGCAACAGCAGCGGCGGCAGCAUAAGCGGCAGUGGCAUCAUCAGUAGCAUAAGCGCAAACUAUGGACCUAAUAGUGUUAGUAACGGCAUCAUCGGUUGUAGCAAUCUGGUCAACAACAACCGCGUCGGAUGUCCUGUCGGUAGCCGGCCGGUGGUUGAGCACGGUCGUACCGGUAGCUCGGGUCUGACGUCCUCGACCGGAGGCGCCGGCAUUCACAAUCACAACCAGCACUAUCGAUCUCCCCCCGUGGCCUCACUUCCAUCGGCCACCACCUUGCCCUCCACGACGGGGACAACCCUCGUGAGGUCAUCCGACGGGACGCUGGCGACGACAACGACGACGACGACGGCAGCUGGCACAACGGCACCGAGUCCUGCCGGAUCCGAACCCGGACAGCACCAUCCGCCCUUUACUACUAUGUGA